ACAACUGCCGAUGCCAGCCUCAACAUUUAGUGCGCUCCGGGGCUUAGUACGUAAACUUACAUCGUAAAACAAAGUGAGCAAAUAUGCUGAAAGCUGCACUAUCGAUCUGCACACUGUUGAUGCUUUGGAGUGCGAACGCUGCAGAGGGUGAACGUAAUAGGAAACGUAACGAGGUGUCCAGGUACAUGAAUUUGCACGCUCAUCCAUGUCUUGACUUCUACGAAUUCGCCUGUGGCAGUUGGGAGCAGCCCUACAUCGACACGAAAUACAUGCAGCCGGUCAUGGAAAAUCCGGAAAUCUAUUUGCGCACCAAAAUCGAUCACGACUUGCGUAAUUUGCUGCAGGAGCAAACGAAAUUAGAGGAUGGCGUAAAUGGGCGCAAAUUGAAGGACUUUUACAAGUCCUGUAUAACUGUCGAACGUAAUAAUUUAAUACAACAGGAAUACUUUAGUCAAAUCAUAGAAGCACAUGGCGGCUUUCCGGCAGUACCGGGUUCCAAAUGGCAAAGUCACAACUAUAAUUGGCCAGAUAUGGUAGGCACUUUACGCUUCCAAUAUGGAAUGAAUAUAUUGGUGGGUGUGAAAAUCGAUCUCAACUAUUUGUAUCCAUACGAAGAUAGCAUAUAUUUGGUGGAGCCCGACACUUUCAUACCGCCCGAGUUGUGCAGCGAGGAGGCCACCAAUAGGACAACUUUACGCGCCGAAGAGUAUGCGAUAAUCGAAAACGAAGUAGCCGAGAACCUCAACAUGUGGCUGUCGCUCGAUAUGGAGAAAUCGCAAAAGAUAGCGACCGAACUGGUGGCGUUUGAGUAUCAACUUUGUGCUGGUGUAAAACGCAAGCACGCAAAUCAACCGACAAUAGCUGUGUGGCAGAGUUACGACAGCGACAUACGCAAGACACUCUACGAUUUUACACAUCACUUUGAAAAUAAAAUUGAUUUCAUUGCGGCCACUUUUGGCACACCGAUCCAUAAACCCGUUUACAUGGCCGCCGAACCGUAUUUCAGACAAUUAAUCAAACUCAUUGCGGCCUCCAAUAAAUCAACUAUCGCCAAUUAUAUUAUGUACCAGACAUUGUUGGGACUGAGUUUGCCGCACAACGAUCAGCCCAACAUACGCGCAUUGCACUGCGUUGAAAAGGCCAAACGCUACUUUCCGCAGGUGCUCGGCGAGAUGUUCUAUAGAAAUCAUGUGAAUGUCGCCGCUAGAGAUGAUGUGCUCAACAUGUUCGACAAGCUGAAAGAGUCCUUCCGCAUGAGCUUGCAAAAGCCGUGGAUCAAGGACUACACACGCCGCAUAGCUGAGAGCAAGCUCGCGGAGAUGCAUCUGGCCUUCCCCGUCUAUGGCAAAAUGGAAAUAAGUCAUAUAAACAUAAAUCGCAGUAGUUACUGGCAAAAUUUGAAUAGCCUCAUGAAAGAUAGACAACAGGCACAGUUUCAACGCAUUUUUCCACCAAAGCGCACAAACCUCUACGAUCAAGUGGAGUCGUACGAAACGCACAUCUUCUACAGUCCACAACAGACACGCUUCGAAAUGGGCUGGGGACUGCUGCAAGCGCCACUCUAUCAUACAGAAUAUCCGAAUUCUAUGCGUUACGCAGUGAUCGGUCACAAACUGGCCAGUUUGUUAGCCAGCGCAUUCGAUGACAUUUCCUGGUCUACGUCGACUAAUGGUUUACUAAAUUGGGAUCACACAACUGAGUUCGAGUAUAGAAAUCGUAGUGAAUGCUUUCGUCAGCAAGUCAGUAAUUAUCUUUACAACGAUCCGUUGUCAUUUUCAAAUUCAACACUACUGCGCGAAAUAGUGGCACAGAGUGCCGGUCUAAAUGUGGCUUUCAAUGCAUACCUGAAUUGGUUGGCCUUCCUGCAACCAACUGACGAUUUCGAAGUGCUGUCGAAAGAAACGCUGCCCGAAUUCAAUUUUACCAACACGCAACUAUUUUUCAUUGCCUUUGCACAAAUGCAUUGUAACGCCGCUGGUUCAGGGACAAGGAAAUCCGGUACAGCAGGACCAGCACGCACACUCAGCUCGCUUGAAAGGCACUCGAUAGAGCGUUUUGCAGUUAACGGGCCGCUGAGAAAUUUCAUCGAGUUCGCUAGAGACUUUGGCUGUGCGAUGGGAGUGGAUAUGAAUCCGCCGGAUAAAUGCGUUAUUUAUUAUUGUAGCAGCAUAAUGCACGGCAAUGUUGCUAGAACGACAGUCUUUGGUCGUUCCGUCAAUUUUCGCUACGUCAAAAUGCCGAGAUUUGUGCGGUUAUCGCUACAUUUGUGUGUCGCUCUAAGCAGCGCAAUCGCUUUGAGUUGUUUCGCAUUUCAAGUUGCGGCUCAACGUGACGCGAGCAACCGCGAUAUUGAAGGAAAAAUCAUACGCAAUGCUAAGGCAACCGAGGUACUCAAAUACAUGAAUCCCUUAGCCGAUCCAUGCAAUAACUUUUACGAAUUUGCAUGCGGCAAAUGGCCAGAACAUCAGCCACAACUUGAAGAGGGCGACGCGCUAAUCUCAGUCCAGACACAGCUGAUUCAACGUGUACAAACAGAUGUACAACGGCUGCUCGAUGCAAUCAAUGCUAAGACCAACAGUAAACGCAAUGUAGACAUUCGCAAAAUUAAAGAAUUCUACAUGUCCUGUUUGACAGUUGCUCGUUCGUCCGAUAUGCAGAAGAAUUUCCUAAUGAAUUUUGUUAAAGAAUACAACGGCAUGCCACUGCUUUCGAUCACCAACUGGAAUAUCAAUUACGAUUGGGUGCAAGUAAUCGCGCGCUUACGCCUCAACUACGGUUUCGACUUUCUAAUUGGAAUGGAGGUUGAAAAAAAGGGCCGAGCUGUCAUAUCUUUGACUGAACCGAAAACGUCAUUGAUUCCGCGCAAUUUGUGUAGCGCUGGUUCCGCUCUGGAUGCGGACAAACGCGAUGCAAUCUCCGAACAAUUGCAGACGGAGGUGUCGAAGAAUUUACAAGCUUGGUUGGCGCUAAGAGCCGACGAAACGGAUCGCGUAGCUGGCGAUAUUAUACGUUUCGAGUUCGAGUUGUGCAGGUUUAUGAGGGAAGAAGAAUCGUUGCCACCGUCGAAAGAUAGCAAGCCCGAGCGAAUUGUCUACGAGGGGCGAGAUUUGUCAGAUCUGUCGAAACAAUUUGGUAAUAUAAUCAAUUUCGGAAAGUAUUUGGAUAUAAGUCUGAAUACGAGCACUGCAAACGUGAAGAUUGUUAUGCAGUCGCCGAGAUAUUUUCAACAUUUGGCGCGUGUUGCACGCAACAAUCCCAAACCAACGCUGACCAAUUACAUAAUGUAUCGCGCCCUCUCCGCCAUCAACUUUCCUCGCGAUGAGGCCAAAUACCCGCCUGCGCCGUAUUGCACAGAGCUCAUCAUGCGCUACUUCCCUAAAUUUAUUGGUCAACUGUAUUAUUCGAGCACAAACAUUUCAUAUCACCGUAGCGCAAUUCGAGCCGAUUUAGAGCAACUUUUUGGCACAAUCAAGGAGGCAUUGAGGGAGACUUUGAAUGUAGAUGGUUUGCCCGAGAAUGCGCGUCGAAUCUUUCAAAAUAAACUUAUGCUCUACGAAACGCUGUCUUUCCCCAAAUAUAAGAACGCCAAUCUGCGUGAUCUGCCAUCGCUGGAACGUAGAAAUUUCUGGCUCAUGCAAGAUAUCGUCAUGAAAUACCGGGGCUACAAGGAGCAACAACGUUUUUAUGGUGGCGAUGCUGAGGUAGAUGAAAAUAGCGUCGAAUACAUGGAUAUACAAAUGAAGCUAGAGGAGAAUGGCAUCGUUACCGGUUGGGGUAUUUUACAUCCACCUUUCUAUGAUUAUUUCUAUGCGAAAUCUCUAAAGUAUGCCAUAAUCGGUCAACGCAUUGCACGUGAGCUGGUUGGCGCUAUGAUACCCGAUGCGGAAGAAACUGAGAUUACACGUGACGAAUCGGUUAUGGAAGCAUUCAAUAACAUAUCCGAGUGCUAUCGCAUGCAGUACAGCAACUUUUUAUACAACAUACCAAACGAAUUCUACAAUACCAGCAAAUUGCGUGAACUAAUGACGGAUAGUGCGGGCUUAAAUGUGGCCUUCAAAGCCUAUCUCGCAUGGCUGGAGUCGGUGGAUCCGAGCAAUCGCGAAAUUUUAAGACGUGAAACUUUGCCCGGUGUGGACUUUACAAAUACACAAUUAUUUUUCAUCAGUUUUGCGCAAUCCCGUUGCUAUGCCAAAUACAUGAGUGAGCCGCCGCCGACGUUCUUGCCCUUGGGCACACACACCGAAGAACUCUUCGACGUAAAUGGAGUGUUGGCAAAUAAUGUGGAGUUUGCGCGCGAAUUUGGAUGUACGCCAGGUGCGGAGAUGAAUCCUGAUGAAAAAUGUAUGGUGUAUUAAAGUGAAAAUAAAUAAAACGUAUUGGUAUUUGAAAAUAUUGAAAAAUAAUGAAAAAAAUUGUGUUGCAUUUAUCAUAGAAAAAAAAUAUAUAAAAAAUCUUAAUUUAAAAACUU